AUGACUUUUCUUCCUAAUGAAAUUCUUCAAAAGAUAUUCAAUUUGCUUACAAUAAAAUGUUAUAAUAUUCAUUGUGCUAGAAGUUUAUUCAACUGCCUUUUAGUUAAUCGUCAUUGGUGUGUCAAUGCCGUAGUCAUAUUGUGGAAGGACCCUUUUAGUAAUUAUAACGGCAAAAAGCCUUUCAAUAUGAUGAUUACAAGUUUUCUUGUCUGCCUCAACGUAGAGGAAUGCAAAGAUCUUGAGAAACAUGGUGUUAUUAUUCCAAAUUAUGAACCAAUGUUUGAUUAUCCAAAAUACCUCAGUCAUUUGAAUGUUAAUGGACUUAAAGGGGCAAUAUUCGAUAAAAUUGUAAUGAAAAAUGAAUCUGAUCGAGUGCGAAGUCUCGUUAUGAAAUAUAUUUUAAUAAUGUUGUCAAGACGAGAAAAUAAAUUAGAAUCACUUACAAUCAGAAUUGGUUAUGGUUUUUUAACUGUCCCAAUUAAUGACAUUGAAAUUCUAUUACAUCCAAAUAUCCGAAGCCUGAUCGAACCUGUGAAAAAGAUAAAUUUAUUGUUAGGAUCUCCGACAGAUGGAUUCAUAAUUAAACUGGCUUCAGUUUGUCAAAAUUUGGACUCAUUGAAUAUAUCAUUUAGGGAUUUUGGUAUACAAAACUUUAUCGACGUUGCUCAUCUUGUCAAAGUCCAAAAAUCUUUAGAACUCAUACAAAUAUGUCAUGAGGGCUU